AUCCCCUGUUUUGGCCUUCGUCUCCCUCUGUCCUCUCUCUCUCUCUCUCUCUCUCUCUCUCUCUCUCUCUCCUUGAUUUAGGGUUUGCGGAUCUCCUUCUCCAUCGCUCAGAUCCUCCGUCUCUGCUCCUCGGAUCGGGAUUCUUCUCCUCUUUAUGUAGGCGGUUCGCAGAUUGAAUGUUAGAGUCAGAUCACUAAAGUCCUCUUAUGUGAUCUAGACUACAUAUUUGUAUCUACUUCAACUUCUUAAAUCUGCUGCCUUUGCUGAGGGUUGGCUGAGUGGUCCUCGUCCUGUCCAUAUGGUUCACAGUUGAAGGUGUGUCUUCUCCUUAUUCAUCGGUGGUUACUGACCUCUCUGAUUAGCCUGGAUAGGAGGAAUAUCAACUGCUACAGAUCUUGCUGUAUCCGUGCUGGCAGAGAGCAUGCGUGCAUCCUGUGUUUCGGGUGAUGCCCCUGAUAAAAUUAGCUUCCGAUGCAUUCGGCGUGGUGACAAUAUGCCUAGUCGCUCUUCUCAUACUUCUGGGUUUCCUUUGCAUCGCUUAUUCCUUCUAUUUCCAAUCACAUGUCCAUAAGCGAGACUAUGCUCAGCUUGGUUAUUUCAGUGGUCCUUGGAUUAUCCGAAUCACAUUCAUCUUGUUUGCAAUCUGGUGGGCCCUUGGUGAGGUUUUCCGACUAAGUUUGUUGAGACGCAACGGACGACCCUUGUACUCGCUGGAUCUGCAAUGGCAAGAAAACACCUGCAAAUGGUACAUUGUCUCUAAUCUAGGGUUUGCCGAGCCGUGCAUGUUUCUCACCCUCGUGUUUCUCCUACGUGCACCAUUGAAGAUGGAAACUUCAACCUUGAGCGGAAAAUGGAAUGCAAAGACAGCUGGGUAUGUCAUUCUUUAUUGCCUCCCAGUAUUUGCACUUCAACUCCUGGUUAGUAUAUCUGGGUCACACAUGCACAGAGGUAGCAGUGGUUCUUUGAGGAAGCUGCCACACUAUUUCACAAGAACCUAUUCCCGAGUUAUUACAGACGAAGGCAGGAUAACUCUUUGCACAUAUCCUCUCCUGAGUACUGUCCUUCUCGGCAUCUUUGCCACCGUCCUAACGGCUUACUUGUUCUGGCUUGGAAGGCAGAUACUGAAACUGGUCAUCAAUAAGCGUCUACAGAAAAGGGUAUACACAUUAAUAUUCUCGGUCUCGAGUUUCUUCCCGUUGAGGAUUGUUUUACUCGGCCUUUCAGUUCUAAGGAAACCUGGGGACAUCUUAUCGGAAGCCCUAGCGUUUGUGGCUUUCCUCGCUCUCCUAUCCUUUGCCUCGGUAUCCAUUUUGUUGCUCGUUUAUUUCCCGGUUUUAGACUCCAUGGCCCUGCGGGGUUUCCGGGACUUGGAGGAGCCGAGGACGGGCCACGAUGAUCGGAGCGGGGCCCUCUUGCUCAGCCCAGGAAGUCUGAACGCCGAGGAGCCGAGGUACUUGGAACUCGGGCAGUUUCUUGAGACCGAGAGAUGAAUCAUAUCUCUUGUCUUUGUUCUUUUGUGAUCCCCAAAUGUACAGAUUCCCUGUAAAAACGGAAGGCAGGCUGUUUAGACACAACACUAAUGUUCUUUGCUUUGAUUGCAGCAUCUCAUCAUAAUUGUCUGCUUUUUAAUUGAUCUUUUUUGUUUACUCUGAUCAAUUUUGAUUUUGGAAAUGUUUAAUCA